UUGUUCUGGAUGCAGGCAACUCUUUCCAGUACUGUCGAGCGACCGGUGAUUCCCAAACAGAGGUCAUCCCACGAAACGAAAUGAAGCAAUUGUGGUGGCUAAUGGCGCUACUGGUGGUACAGGCCGGGGCGUACACAAUUCCACCCGUUCGCUUUGAGUACCUAACGCCGCGUGGCUUCCGGGCCAGCAUACCGGACGCUCCGGGGUUACAGAUGUUUGCGUUCCAUGCACGAAUCAACAAACCGUUUGAGCGCUUUGAGGAAGGUGAUUACGCCGAGGACAUCAUGGGUCCGAGCAUGGAACAACCGGACCAGUGGGUGUUCGAUACAACCAAAGCGCUGCUCACUCCAGGUAGCAUCAUCUACUAUUGGGUGUACGUUCAGUACGAUAAUGCCGGUUACUGGCUGUCCGGCCAGAAGCACACGGUUAACAAACCCAAAGCGACCGUACGAAGCACCAGCACCACCACGACCUCUACCACUACCUCAACCACAACAACAACAACGACGACGACGCCGAAACCGACGACGACGACUCCUGCGGCGCCUCCCUGUGGUCAAACGGCCACAACCGUCAACGGUGGCCAACCGAGCUGUGCCGGUGCGCUGAUCUUCGAGGAUACAUUCGACCAGAACAGUUUGGGCACGAAAUGGCGCCACGAAAUUCGUAUCCCACUCGAUACGGAGUCAGCUGAGUUCCUGUCCUAUCAGGACCACCCCGAGAACAGUUACAUCGCGGGCGGUCGUCUCUUCAUCGUUCCGACGCUGGUCACCAUGAGCCCAGAUUACACCGACGAACGUAUACGGACCGGCGAACUAUCACUGCAGGGCUGUACCUCACCGACCAACAAUCCGUACGAGUGCCAGCGCAAGGCCGAGCGUGCCACCAUUCUACCGCCCGUGAUGUCGGCCAAAUUGAGCACCAAAAACUACUUCCGCUUCCGGUACGGGCGUGUCGAAAUACGGGCAAAGUUGCCCAAGGGCGAUUGGAUAUUUCCACAGUUAUUGCUGCAACCGUUCGAAAACUACUACGGUUAUGCCGAUAUGGCCUCGGGACAGAUGAGGAUAGCGCACAUUCUUGCCAACCGCAUAUUGGAGAGGGUAACGGAUGGGAAGCAGAUCGAUGGUCACCGGUUGCGGGGUGGAGUACUCAUCACUAAUCAGGCCACCCUGAGGGGCGAGCUAUUGCGCUCCAACUCGGCCGACGAGCACUUUGGCGAUGCGUUCCAUGUUUACGGGCUCAUUUGGACACCGGACCAGAUAGCGGUCACCGUCGAUGGUUUCCAGUACGGUACGAUCAAAACGAACCUCCGGCAAUUCGCCCACCAGCGCAACCUCACACAAGCCAAUCUGUGGAACGUGGAACGUCCGAUGGCACCGUUUGAUCGUGAGUUCUAUUUGUCGUUGGGAGUAGGUGUUGGCGGUGUCAAGGAUUUCCCCGAUGAAUCCGUUACGGGACCGUCACGAGUAGCGAAACCGUGGCGAAAUACUAGCCCGAAGGCAGAAUACCUUUUCUAUCAGAACCGUAACACCUGGUACCGUACCUGGACCGAGCCGGAACUAACGGUAGACUAUGUGCGUGUUUACGCCCUAUAGGUCUAUUCAAAUCUAUGUCUGCUCAUGGCUCAGUGAACAAAAUAACACAACAA